AUGUAUUUGUCCAGGCUUAUCAAAGCUGAAGUAAAUAGAUUGAACGACCGAAUUCUGAGGAUUGGAAACAGCAAACAACUGUGGCAAGGCAUCAAGCUUCUCUAUGUAAGGAAGAAAGUACGGCCGAAGUUGUACGUGAAUGUGGAUGAUCCCAAUGCCGCAUUCCAACACAAGCCAUCGGGCAUUCUUCCGGCUUACUCGACACAUGAUGUUUGUAAUGUGGAACCAUUCUCAUAUUGUGAUGUGUUAAAACUUUUAACUAGUUGCAAUCCGUCUUCUGCUGAAGGCUUGGAUGAAUUACCAUCGGCCUUCUUCAAAUUCGGUGCUGAUUCUCCAGCUGGAAAAAUCACCACCAUUGUAAAUGAAUCUCACAACACUUCUACUAUCCCCCCGUUGCUGGAGGCCGGUCACAAUCAGUUUCCAAAUCUUCUAUUCUCUCCAAACGUUUUCGACCCAUAG